GGGAGGACGGACCGAUCCCGAUCCCAACAGCGGCCCCGGUCCCCGCCCCGCCGCCGGCCCCGCCUGCGGGCGGAGCGGCCGCGGCUCCUCCUCUCGGCCGCGCUGCGAGCAUGGCGCGGGAGGCCGCGCUGGCCGCCUGCCUGCAGGCCGUGCUGGGCAGCCGCUCCAGCGCCAACCGCGUCUUCGAGCUGCUGGAGCCGCUGGCGGGCCAGGAGGAGCCGGAGGACAUCGUGAGCGCCGCCAGGACGUGCAGCCGGCUGUUCGGGGCGCUGCUGGAGCGGCGGGAGCUGUUCGUGGGGCCGCUGCCCGACCAGGACGCGUGUCUGGCCGAGAGCUACAGCGCCGAGGACAAGUACAGGAUAUGGAUGAGGCACCGCUACAGGGACUGCGUGCGCUGCCUCGGGGAGCUCAUGGGGCACGACGCCUUCCAGGUCAAGGAGUUGGCACUCUGCACACUCAUGAAGUUUGUCGAAUUGGAGGCACAAUAUCCAUUGAUCAAAAUAGAGUGGAAGGGAACUUUAACUUUUCCAUGUGACCUUCUCAAGGUGGUUGUUGAUGGUUUGCUUCCCAGCGAGGAGGACGCCUCGCUCCUCAUCUCCCGCUUUCAGGAGUACAUGGAGUACGACGACGUGCGCUACUUUGUCAUGAAGGCUGUCACCGCCAGCGUGGCACAGGUCAUGCAGAAGGCAAAGGAGAAGCCGCUGCCUUUUUACCAGCAGAAUGUAUUUUCCCUCAUCUCACCCAUUAACAUGCCAAACAAAGAGUCUGAGAUGGUCAAAUUUAUGGUCAAGCAAGAUAACCGUGAGGAGUUGAAACUUUCAAGGCUGCAGGCACACAAACAGGUGUUUGAAAAAAUGUGGCUGACUUUCUUGAAGCACAAGCUGCCCACUGGCCUUUACAAAAAGGUUCUUGUCAUUCUGCACGACUCUGUCCUGCCUUACAUGAACGAGCCCACUCUCAUGAUGGACUUCUUGACAAUGGCCUAUGGCAUAGGUGGAGCAAUCAGUCUCCUAGCCCUAAAUGGGUUGUUUAUUCUGAUUCAUCAGCAUAAUCUGGAGUAUCCUGACUUUUACAAAAAGCUGUACAGUCUGUUAGACCCUUCCAUUUAUCACGUGAAGUACCGAGCUCGCUUUUUCCACCUGACUGAUCUGUUUUUGUCUUCAUCGCACCUGCCGGCGUACCUGGUGGCGGCGUUCAUCAAGCGGCUGGCGCGGCUGGCGCUCACGGCCCCUCCCGAGGCUCUCCUCAUGGUCAUUCCCUUCCUCUGCAACCUCUUCCGGAGGCACCCUGCCUGCAGGGUGCUGGUGCACAGACCAGCAGGGCCAGCAGAUAUGUCAAAAGAUCCUUACGUUAUGGAGGAGGAGGAGCCAUCUAAAAGCAGGGCCUUGGAGAGCUCUCUCUGGGAGAUUCAGUCUCUCCAGAACCAUUAUCACCCAGAUGUGGCCAAGGCAGCUGCUGUCCUGAACCAGUCCCUGUCUGAAAUGGAGGAUGACAUCUCAGGGCUCCUGGAGCUCUCAGCUUAUGAGCUUUUUGAUAAAGAAGUGAAGAAAAAGGCUGUUGAUGUGCCCCUGGAGUUCGAGCCGGUACGAGGUUUGUUUGGGAAGAAGAAUGAUAUUUUUGCAGAGCACUUCAGCUUAGACUGAUGCCAUCUCCUGCCACACACAUCUGUCAGCAGCUGGAUCUCAUGGACACGUGGAGAGCUCCCGUGUGCUCGGCAGCCCUUCCCUGUGAGGAGAGCUGGGCUGCUUCAGCUGCAGCCCUCUUCAGUGCCCCCUGCCACUGCCCCUGGAUGGACUUGGCUGUGUUUCUCACACUUGCAUACUGCCACCUGCUAUUUGGGAGGGAUUUUUCCUCGGAGCAAGGGAUUCUGGACUUGUUCAUGGCUGGGAUCCCAGUCCUUCCCCCAGAGCUGCUGGUGCUGGCUGUGACCAGGGGCUGCAUCAACAGACCUCUCACUGCUCUUCCAUGGGACUGAGGGGAAGUGCACUCUCUGCCUGCUCUUAUUUCUCAGAUGUUUUACUUUUGUACGAGAGCUGUCACAGCAUGUUUGUAAUAAAUGUCUUCAAUACAUAAGUGUAAACACCUGUUGUAUUAUAAUUAUAUUUUUAUAUGCAUUUUUAAGCUCAUCUUCAGAGGGCUGUUUGUCUUCCUUGUACUCAGCACUCCCAUGUUCAAGGCAUUGAAACUGGUUUGUAUAACAGCUCAGGAGAUGCUCAGUAAAUCCAUCUAUGAAUUGUU